CCCUGGAUUAGCGUUCAUGGGGCUGGAUGGGUAGCAGACGUUGCAAUUUCCCAUGCUUCCUCUUCGAUCCAUGUCACUCACUCGUCCCAUUCCCACUGCUGCUGGCGGGGAUGGAGACGGCGGUGGAGGAGACGGGAGGAGGCUCGCUGGUAGACAGACUGGCUGACUCUUCCGGUUGGCCAUGUCGCCGCCGGGAGACGGCGCUGUUUGUUUGGAUCCAGGACUCUCGUACUUGUCCAACAUGGCUAUUAAUAUGUGCCGCCCUCCCCUUUUGCUUCGCUCCUCUUCUUUUCUUCCUUCUCCAGCCAAACAAGCCUCACCAAUCUCAAGCAUCAGCUUUUGACUCAACUUUGACUUCGGUCGUCCACUCUUUCACAACACAUUCUCUUAAUCAACCAACUCACGCUCAACCCUUCCAACUCCCCCCCUUUUUCAAACACCUUCAAGAUGCGUUACGCUGCUGCCGCCCUUGCUGUCGCUGGUGCCGUCAUGGCCCAGGACGCUGACGUUAUGGCCCAGGACGCUGACGUCUACUCUACCGUCUUCUCUACCAAGUACUUCACUGUCACGUCGUGUGCCCCUGAGGUCACCAACUGCCCCGCCCGCAGCACCGUCGUCUCGUCUAGCGUCGAGCCCUGGACCACUUCCACCAUCUACACCACCAAGGUCCAGACCAUCACCUCGUGCGCUCCCACGGUCACCAACUGCCCGGCCCACUCGACCGUUGUCGUCACCGCCACCGAGGCCAUUGGCACCACCAUCUGCCCCGUCACCGCCACCGAGACCGGCGCCAAGCCCACCGAGACCGGCGUCGUCCCUCCCCCCGUCGGCGGCAACGGCACCGUCCCCGUUGUCCCCAUCCCUACCACCGCGACUGGCGUCAUGCCCGUCCCCGUUACCACUGGCGGCGUUGCUCCCUCCGUCUCCAAGCCCGCCACCCUGGUCACCAGCGCCGCCUCCGAGUGCACCGGAUACUCCGUCAACACCAUCUCUACCAGCAUCACCACCGUCAUCCCCACCGUCAUCUACGAGACCGUCCAGAUCCCUUGCCCCACCCCCAGCGCGCCCUCUGCCUCUAUCCCUGGUGUUCCCACCGGUGGCAACGGAACGUGAGUACCGUCCGAUCCAUAUUGAAGUGUCGAGACCGAGAACCCAGAUGACUAACUUUCUUCCAGCGCUGCUGUUCCUACUCCCUCUG